UUAUUGCAGUGGCUACAAUCAUGGCGGAUGAACAGAAAGAACUCGACACGCCUGGGAGCGAUGGGUUUUCAGCUCAGAAUCAGCAAAAUGACGACUCCAGCAUAGGAAACGAUGGAGGAGAAAAUGCAGAAACAUCUCCAGGGUCAUAUAGAUCGAGAGAUGACGGAAGUGAGAUGGAAGCUUCAAGCGGGCCAUCUACACCACCACCAACCUUUGUGCGUCUAGCACCAAUUUUAACACCUAGCGAAGCCAUUGGGACCGGCGGGUCAUCAUCCAGUUCACAGUCGGUAACAGAAGGAACCGACCAAUCAAUAUUGUUUGAACAGUCAGCUGAAGGUACGUCUGGUUCGGGGCAUAUGGAUUACAAGUUUGUCGAUGGCAAAUACGUUCAGUACACACCUACGGGACAAGAGGGCGAUGGAAGCCCACAGUUGAUGGAUUUCAACGGAAAGUCAUCCAGUGUCACCUCAGUAGAUGGCGGCCAGGGGUUCAUAUGUAAAGUGUGUGGUGCUUGGUAUAAGCUUCGCCAGUCGCUGAACUCGCACAUACAAGACCAACAUCAAGGCAAGCGAUUCAAGUGCUCCAAGUGUCCCUACAGCACAAACAGACGCCAUGAUCUCUAUCGUCAUGACGGGCAGGUACACAGGGGUACCGCCAAGCAAACCGUCCCUCUGGUGUCUCCGAUAGCCAAACUCACAGGGAAAGCCAACACCGUAGCAGCAGCUCUGAAGAAGCGUGACGAGAGGAGAAUACUGAAGAAGCCACUGACCAUUAGCUCACCCAGCUUUACCCCGGCCACCAUAAGCCCAGCUAGCUUGAGUGCUGCCAAUCCGACAUCGGUCAACUUGAGCUCUCCCACAAUUAGCUUAGAAAACAAGUCCGUCAAGCAACUGCUCAAUCUAGGAGAAGGUGCUAACUCCCAGCAGUUGGUCGUGGUCAGUGACGGGAUGCAGGGGGCUGUGUAUUCCGAACCCCCGUCUCCUCAGCAGAAUGAGAACAGAUCGGGAUGGCUGGAAGAGAAUUCAAGCAACAACAGCAGCAGCGGCAGCAAGCCGCACAGGCAGACGGAAUCCUUUGAGCACCAGCUACCAAGCGGUGCCAUCUUCAGACGCAUCACAGAAAUCACAUUCUUCCCUGAUGGACGCAUUCGAGAGACUCGUACAGAGGAAUAUGAGAUGCCAUGAUUUCAUAGAGAAAUCAGUUUCACUCUAAUUUACUGUUUGGUAAAAUGCAGGCUUUUAAUGUGUGAACUUGUAAAUGCCUUUUCGGCAAUGUGGGAUUAAAUUUUGUUUCUAAAUUGUUGUUUAAUGAAAUUAAAGUCCCAAAUUGAUUUUGUAUUCAAGUAAUACUAGUAUUUUCCUUUUGCCAUCCACGAUGUUCAAAAUGGCUGACUAACUUCAAAGAACAUUUGCAGAACAUUGUGAUGGUUCAAAAUUUAGAUAGUUAUAAAAAGAAUGUUGCAUAUACAAUCAUGUUAUUAUUUUUUCACCUGAUGGCUGAGGAUGAACAUGUACAUCUAAGUAGACAAACUUUGCAAAAUACUUUUUUUCUGAAAGAGCUGUGGGUUGUGUUGACUUUCUGAAUGCAAGUAACUAUUUAUAACAACAAGUAUGAUGAACUUAUUUAUGAGAGCUUAAUCAUGAUCAAUAAAUUUUAUGUAUUUUCAUAAGUUAAUUUAAUGUUAGAAUUAAAUAUGACUACAGUCAGUACAGUGUACUUCAAAAUUCCAAUACAUGAUUUUGCAAAGGUUGAAUUGAUCAAAAUUUGUUAAAAUCUGAAGUAAGAUGAUGGGAUAUACAUGUACAUGUAAGUUCUAGAGCAUAGUUUAGUUAAAGUUGUUGUUUUUUUUUUUUUGGGGGGGGGGGUAAAAAACUACCAAGUUGUAUAUAACGCAUCUUGUUGCCAGAAUCACAAAAAGUCGAUCUCCCUAUUCCUAUUUACAGAAUGUACCUUAAAUUUCUUGUAGACAAUUUUUACAUUACUAGUGGUCAAACAACGUAUGCCACCUUGUAAUUUACACAGCACAUUAUAUUUUUAUACAUGUAUGACACAGUCUAUAAGUAUUAGAGUCAUUGAAUCAUGAUUUAUAAAACUAUGAAAAGUUUAUAAAGAAUGAAAAUAUUAUAUAUGUGAAUUUUCAUCUAAUUAUAACUUAUUGUAUAACUUAUGCACCUGCAUUAUUUUGUUCUUAUGAUAUCAAAGGUAAAAAAUGAAUCAUGUAUACCUGCUGUUCAGAUUUGCAUUUAAUAAAUAUUCUAGUUUUUGUUGUGAAUGUAAUUUAUUGUACAUAUCGGGUUACCGGGUAAACGUACAUGUAGUAUUGAGGUGAAAAAGUAAUGGCCAAACUCACCGCAAAAGUAAGUAAUUGUAUCACUUUUUUCUUCUUUUUACAUUAUAUGUUUAUUUCAUUUCAUUUUUUUGUGCCGAUUUUGUUUCCAUAGUUUAAAACAAAAAAGCUUUGUAUAAUAUUCCCAAGAAAAACAUGCCUUGUAUGAAAUUCAAAGUGAAUUC